AGGUUAAUCAAAUUGAAGUUAUUAUUAGAUAUGAUGGCGGAAUCGAACGGAUGUGAGCGACAAGUGUUCAUUGGAAACCCGCCCUGUUUACACCUAGACAUCUGUAUCUGAGUGAACUACAGGAGAUGUAAUGCGUGGAUCGUUGGAGAUGGGACCGUUUAGUAGGCUGCUCGUCCUCGCUGCCCUUUUCAUCGGAUGCAAUGCAUUUACGAAGAAUGCGAAAAUAAGUACACGGAUCGUGCAGACACGUUACGGCCGGUUGCAAGGAUUAGUUCUACCGAUGGACCAGCAUAGAUACCUGAAACCAAUCGAAGUGUUUCUCGGUGUUCCAUACGCUACGCCGCCAGUGUUAUCAAAUAGGUUCAGCCCUACAAGAGCACCGAGUCCCUGGGAUGGAGUUCGCGUUUCUGAUAAACUAGGACCGGUAUGCCCUCAGAAGCUACCCGACAUCUCCAAUGAAACCGCCGCUUUGGAACGAAUGCCCAAAGGGCGACUCGAGUAUCUUAAGAGGCUUCUACCCUACCUGAAGAACCAAAGCGAAGACUGCCUCUAUCUCAAUAUUUACGCCCCCUCUCAAGGUAAAUACGUUUCCUUUCAAUUUUCUUUAGAAUAA